GCUGCUGGUUUUCCGCAGAAGUCUGAUUCGGACCCGGGGCGACAACCCCAGGCUGGCGCCAGCGACUCCAGUGACCUUCUGUCGCCGUUCAGUGGAACAGGGACAUCACCUGGUGAACACAGAAAGAACACCGACACACCCUCGCUACAAGACCAGCUGCUGGUGGACAUAUCGGACAUACGACCGGCCGGACACAACAAGGAUCUCUUUAGCAUUGAUGAAGACAGCCAUGAGGGGUCACCCAGCAAGUCCGGCUUCCAGUUGGUGGACCUGAGCGAUGCUGAAAGCGGAAUGACCCCCACCACCACCACCACCAGUGACCCCCCGGGGGAGGGUGGGGUGGCGGGUGUGACCUUCGACCCCACGCUAGCUGUGACCCCCAGCCUGACCACCCCCCGGGUGCGACGCGACUCCGCUGUCAGUGAUGUCAGUAGCAGUGAUGUCAGCACUGCUCUCUUCCCCAUAUAUGAAGUUCCUGGCGUAUACUUCAGCAUACCCCAGAGUGAUUUGGAGUCAUCCAGUGAAUGGGAAGACAGUAACAGCAACAACACAGUUACAACAACGACCGUGGAACGACUUAGUAAGGACACGGUGUACCAGGCCUACCUUAAGAUGCGACAACGAUACCACAAGUACAAGGGCAGGUACUCUGACCUGGCACGAGCAUAUAAGGAGAAGGAGAAGGAGUCAGAGAAACUGCGUGAUGUUCUCACCAAAACACAAGACAAGGCUCUCCGGAAAGUGAGUGAGCUGAGAGAACAGUGCAGCUUGGAACAGCAAGCCAAGGCUCACCUGGAACAAGAGCUUCGCAGUGACCUGGAGGAGAAAGAUCACAAGAUAACAGCUUUACUUACUAAGGUAAAGAUCUUGCAGGAGGGCAUCACUGGUGACUUGAACAGCGUUGCUGGUGUUGUCAGCAGCAACAACAACAUCCAGUUGACUGUCGCCUCCCCGGACGACCACCUGGGCGAUGGCGACAGUGUGUCAGCUGGCGAUGCCUCGUCUGGGGCGGACAAUGUGUCGACUGCGGAGAGUGUGUCGACGGCAGAUGUGUCCAUGGCAGACAACGUGUCAGUGGCAUCGCAUGGGUCGGCGUCGACCUCUGUCACUGUCAACAUCGAGGCCGAGGAAAUGAUCGAGAAACUGAAAGGUGAUGUUGCAAAGCACAAAUCACUGCUGGCACGUUGUAUGGACAACAUUCGUGGCAACAAGGAACGCAUCGCACUGCUGACACAAGAACGUGACCUGGCCACCACCCAGCUGCACGACAAGCUUAAGCUGAUUGAUCUUAUAAAGGAGGAUCAUGUUAGAGAACUGGAGUCGUUAAGGACGAGCAUGGAGUCCUCGGCACUCAGCAUGGCCGAGACCAAGAAACAACUCUUUGAGGAACUACAGGCCAAGGAGGCUGAGGCUGAGCGAUGUAAACAAGCGACAACGACGCUGGAGCGGCAGCUGGACGAGGAGAGAGAUCGCUGGCACCACGAACUACACUCCAUGCAACAGGAACUGCACUCCACACAACAGGAACUACAAGCCACCCAACAGGAACUGCAGGCAAACCAACAGGAACUACUAGGGAAGGAACAGGAACUACAUACCUUACAACAGGAACUACAAGCCAACCAACAGGAACUACACACUGUUCAACAGGAGUUACAAGUCAGACAACAGGAGCUGGAAGAGAAGGAUGCAGGUGUUCAGGUAAACAUAUUACCACAACUUUGUUGUAAGGAAAUGGAGCUUCCAUCCCCUUCCUUGGAUCAAACCUAGUAUAGUGGUACCUUGACUUAUGAGUUUAAUUCGUUCCGUGACUGAGCUUGUAACUCAAUUUGCUUGUAUGUCAAAUAAAUUUUCCUCAUUGAAAUUAUUUGAAAUGCCAUUAAUCCGUUCCAGCCCCCCAAAAACCAUCCCAGUUUUUUUGUUACUGGUUUUUAAAUAUGAAAAAUGUAUUUAUAAAUAAGAAAUAUUGUAUAAAAACAUAAUAAAACAUGAAAAAGAGAAUGUAAAGA